AUGUCCGGCACAGAAACAAGAGGCAGGGGCCGCAGAGGGCGCGGAGGAGGGGGCGCAGGAAACAGACAACCGAACGGACAUCAGCGGUCCGCAUCAAAUGGCGCAGAGUUCAAGCUGGAGAGAGCGCACGACUUCUCCACACAAGCAGCGCCGCGCGCACCUUUGCCGGGCUCAUCGAUGGCCUCUCAUCUCGCCACGUCUUCCUUCGCAUCCCUCUCUGACCGCGUCGAUGGGCGAAUCCUCUCUUCCAUCCCUUUCGAGAGCAUGUCGGACGUGCAGAGCGCUUCUCUCGACCCUGCUCUCUCUGGAAAAGACGUUUUGGUGCAGGCAAAAACAGGCACGGGAAAGACUAUCGCAUAUCUUCUGCCCAGCUUGCAGAGACUUUUGAGCGGGCCACCAAGCAACGGGCAACACGUCAGGUUGUUAGUGCUCAGUCCUACCAGAGAAUUGGCGCUGCAGAUUCAGAGAGAGGCAGAAAUGCUGCUACAGGGCUUACGAGGAGUGCUGGGCUCGCAAUGCGUCAUCGGAGGCUCGAAUAUCAAUACCGAGCGCCAGCUGCUACAGCGUCAACGCAAGGACAUUUUGAUAGCGACACCAGGAAGAUUGAUGGAUCAUCUGCAAACAUCCAAUUUGGCAUCUUCCGUCUCCAGGCUGCAGAUUCUCGUGGCAGACGAAGCUGAUCGCAUGUUCGACAUGGGCUUCCGACCAGUGCUGGAACAGAUCCAAACCUUCUUGCCCACCAGGUCCCAGGGCAGGCAAACGCUACUCUUCAGUGCCACGGUCCCCAAGGGCCUGAAAGAGACAGCCAGAUUAGCUCAAGAUGCCGCAUUUGUCAAUUGCCUCAGCGAAGAAGAGGCCAACGUGCACAAGCACAUCAAGCAGCAGUACGUCCUUGCACCUUUGGCAGACCAGCUGGCCAUGGCUUUGCACUACGUACUGCAAGAUAUCAAAAUCAACGGACCGGAAAGCAAGCCAAUUCUCUUUUUCCAAACCGCCCGCUCCGCUUCCUUGGCCCACGAUGUCUUCGAGACUCGGCCUUACAAGGAGGCUAUCGCGCAAGCAGGAGGCAAAAACUUCGAGGUCUGCGCUAUUCACAGCAGAAUGUCACAAGGCGCUCGCGUCAGAAACACCAACAAUUUUGCCGCUGGCAAAAGCGGGGUGCUGCUCAGCUCCGACGUUGCUGCUAGAGGCGUGGACUUCCCCGGCGUAAGCUUGGUGCUUCAAUUGGGUGCGCCCAGCGAAGUGGACCAAUACAUCCACAGAGUAGGCAGGACCGGCAGAGCAGGCGCCGGAGGAAGCGGAAUGCUGGUGCUCAAUGACUUUGAGGGAAAGUUUGUACAGAAGGCAGCUUUCAAGGAGUUGCCCGUCACAAAGAUCGACAGAGAUGCUGCAUUCGAAGAUGCGCUCGGCUAUGCAAGACAGGUCUAUAAUGCUGCUAUCGGCCAGGUUGGGGACGACGAAAAGGCCGCGACGUACAGAGCUCUCAUGGGCUAUCUCAACGGAGAAAAGAAGUGGAUUGGAUGGGACUCCAAGGAAUUGGUUGUUCGCAUGAACGAAUACGCCAUCCAAGGCUUGAGAUUUGCCGAGGGCAGUGGAAGCCUGCCGGGCAUCACUCCUAAAGCUGUGGGCAUGAUGAGCCUGAAGGUGAGUGACGUCGUCUGGGCUCGUGCUGUUCUCGCGUCCACAAUCUAA